ACAGCUUCUGCUUCACCUGCAUCGUGCGAUGGCUCGAGUCCUGCACCCGUUGCCCCAUCGUCCCUCCGCACUUACGCCAGCAGCAGCAGCCGCAGCAGCAGCAACCGUCCGAUGUUGCGCUCACCGAUGCUCAUGUUGCCACGUCACCGGGGCUCGAAUCGGCGGUUCAGUUCGCAGGAGAUGCUGACGUUGCAACUGCUGAAGCUGGACGAGACACAUUUUCACAUGCUGAUGUCAGCAGUCAACAGCAGCCCAGGAGACCAGCUGUGUGUCCCGUUUGCAAGGCCGCGCCGCUCUCCAUCAUCCAUCACGUCAACCUCGCCGCUGCUGACUUCGACCAGCUGCCCAUCCCGCCCUUUGCUUCGGCACAACGAGCGGCCACCGAAGCUGCGGCUGAUGCUGCUGCGGGGAGCCAUGCAGAGGGCAGGCAUGGAAGCAGCGGUGGUCGGAUGAUCAGUGCGUUCGUGCCCUCUGGGGAGCAUUGCAAGCGCCGGCGCCUCUACACCAGCGCGCCCACCGCAGUGGCACCAACGCUGCCAUCGCCUGCACCAUCGCCGUCACCCCUGUCUGCAGCGCCGGGUGCAGAGAGCAUGAGAGGGAGGGCAGGCGGUGCGGCCAAGGGCGGGUGGCAGCAGCGGGGGCGGCAGCGGGUGGUGGAGAGUGCGCCGACAGAGAGUGUGGUGCGGGCGUGGAUGACUGUGGAGCUGCAGGCCCUCAUGAAGGAGCAGGACGUGGGCAUGGUGGUGGAUCAUCUGCUCGCAGUCUUCCUCCACCCGCCCGCCACCCAGCCGCCACCACAACCACUCGCCGCCACCUCAUCCACCCGAGCAGCAGCAUGUACGAGCCGACGCAAGGCCUCAGCUUAUGAGGCGCCAAUGCACGGCACCAUGAGCACCACGAGGAGUGUGUGGACCUCCAAAUCCGCCCUGCGCCCACCUCUCACUGCCCGCCCCUCGCUCACUGCGCUCCCCCCGCUCACCACCCAACCCCCUGUGGUGGCCCACCUGUCGACGCUAGCAGAGGCUGCUCGCCCCUUCCUCUUCGACCGUGCCUUUGCCUUCUCUGUCCGCCUCUUCUCCUUCGCCCACCCGCAACCUGCUGCUGCUGCUGCUGCUGCUGCUGGGGGAGGAAAGCAACAGGCGGCAGGGCGAGAGGGGCAAUCAAGGGGAGCAGGAAGUUUAAAUGGGAGGGAAACUGAGAGAGGUGCAGGCGAUGAAGGAGGAGCAUCAGAAAACUUGGACGGACAUAUGGGCGUGUUAGGAAGCAGAGAGGCGGCAGGGGGCGGGGCAUGUGGGGUGCAGCAAGCAGGUGGAGAGCGACUGUGGCAAGCAGUGGGGCACGGUGGGAGAGGCAGUGGGGAGUGUGACAGGGACGGGAGCCAAGGAGCAGGCGCUUUGAGAAGCGUGGGGGGGAAGGAGCAUGUGGCAGUGGGAGAAGGGAGGUGGCGGAGGGUGGUGGUGGAAGAGAGGGCAUCAGAGGAUGUGUAUGGGGAGGUUGAGAGCACUGAGAAUGGUGGUGAGGUUGAUGGGGGCGAUGAUUUCAACGACGACUGGGAUGAGUAG